AUGGCUAAGACCGUUAGUUUUGCCAGCAAUAUGAGGAAAACGGCCAGGUACGACGUCCUCGAAGAGGGAGAAAAUCUGGACGAUGACGAGUUGGAAAGCCUCGGGGGAAUGGACCUAGACCACAGUGACCCCCGCGGUGACUCGCCGACCUUUCCAGACCAGUGGAAUCAUGAUCGUGUCUUAUGGGAUCAGCGCCUCCGCAAGAUACAACGACUAGCCUUGGCCGAAGGAAUUCUGCUGAUGAUUCUUCUCGGAUACAUUGUCUUCCUCAAUAUUGGUACCGCCUGGUCUCGACAAGGAGUCAUCCCGUUGGGAGUUGACCCUAGUGGUUUUGUCCCUCCAGAAAUCGGACAGCCUGUCAAGUGGGCCAAGUACGAUGACGGGACUGAUCCGCACUAUUUUAAGCCCGAUGUUUUUGAGAGCCUCGAAAGUGUACAAGCUGCUGCGAGGGGUUUCAAAAUGCUGCAUAACGCAUCAAAUGUUAGAAUCAACGGAAAAUACAGCACGUACAUGGAUUUCGAUAACAAGCAGCUACCGCUUCCUGCGUAUGUCACCCGCAAGGGUUCAGAACUGUAUAGUAUCCGGGCUUUUCACCAGAUGCACUGCAUAUCAAUUAUUUUCGAGGACAUUGGCUACAGGGUGAAUAAUAAGACGUCAAAGUGGGAAACGGGCCAUGUCAUUCACUGUUUGAAUACCGUAAGGGACUUCUUUGCGCUGAGGGAGUGGGCCCACGACCCGGUACGGGCAGUGAAAUGGGUCAAUGUUGCACCAGAGGAUGAGAAAGAUAAAUAUGACGAGAUCGUAGACUAG